GGUCAAUGGGGUCCCAAAAUCCCAGUACCACUCAUACCGGUCGCUGCCGCAGUCCUUCCACAGUCAGGUCGUAUCCUUAUGUUUGCUGCUGAUAAAGCAGACCAGAUGUAUGCAGAAGACAGCAGCAGCUACGAUAUCACGUUUUCGGCCAUCUAUGAUCCCUUCACGGGUUCUGUUGCCCCCGGGACAGUAACCAACCAUGGAAUGUUCUGUCCGGGCCUCUCACUCGAUUUUCAAGGACGACCCGUUGUCACCGGAGGAAUGACUGACAACAAAGUGAGCAUCUUUGACGACGAGAGUGACAGCUGGAUAUCUGCACAGAACAUGACAAUGGGCCGUGGAUACCACGCGCAGACAACGCUCUCAGAUGGCCGCAUAUUCACCAUUGGAGGCUCGUGGAACGGAGGUAUCGGGGGUGUCGACGUUGCAAGUAAGGGUGGAGAAGUCUUUGAUCCCAUUGGAAACGCUUGGACGGCAUUGCCAGACUGUCCAGUGGGACCGAUGUUGACAAAUGACUCCAGGGGCGAGUUCUUUGCCGACAAUCACGCCUGGCUCUUCGCCUGGAAAAACGAGUCCGUGUUUCAAGCAGGACCCUCGGCGAAUAUGAACUGGUAUGGCACGCGCGGCCUAGGUGAUCACCGCGCUGCCGGAGUCAGAGGUGCAGAUGAGGACUCCAUGAACGGGAAUGCCAUCAUGUACGACGCCACAAAGGGGAAAAUCUUGACACUCGGGGGUGCGCCAAGCUAUGCGCUCUCAUUUAGCACACGAGCAGCCCAUAUAAUUACCCUCUCUGAUCCUUUCGAAGAAGUCGAAGCCGAGGCGAUAGAUUCGAUGCACGAUCCGCGCGCCUAUGCCAAUAGUGUUGUUCUUCCGACUGGCGAUGUCUUCGUCAACGGUGGUGUUUCCUAUGCAAGGCAGUGGACCGAUGUGAACUCAUCGCUCACGCCGGAGCUCUGGAACCCAGUGACUCGAAGGUUCACUAAAAUGGUGAGAUCACCAACCCCACGAAAUUACCACAGUAUAGCCAUUCUGUUGCCUGACGCAACAGUCUUGACUGGAGGCGGUGGUCUUUGUUGGCGGAUCUGUGAAGAUACGUCGGCAAACCACUUGGACCUGCAGGUGUUCUAUCCGCCUUAUUUAUUCAAUUCCGAUAGGGGCUUGGCACAACGUCCUGUGAUCACAGGCACCUCGCCUUCUAUCAUUGAACUCGGGGCGAGUUUGUUCAUCUUUACUAAUGAGCCAGUCGCUAAGUUCGCGCUUAUCCGUUAUGGAUCAGUGACACAUUCAAUCAACACCGACCAACGUCGUAUCCAGCUUGACGCUGUUGCUCUGGAUAGGGGAGAAGGCAACCCAACCAAGGAAUGGAAAUCCCAAAUUGAGGUGCCCAGCGAUCCAGGAAUAGUGCCUCCAGGAUGGUGGAUGCUCUUUGCCAUCAAUGACCAAGGAGUGCCUUCG